AUUUCACGUGGAAUCGUAUUAAUAAAGUUUACAUCUAUGAAAACUGUUUGAUGUUAAAACGAAUUGAUAAUCAUGACUAUUGUAACUCUUUUAAGCCGUAAUGUCAAUUUGAGUCAGUUAUCAAAGCUGCGACCGUGUAUUUACGAACAAAAUGUGCGAUUUUUUGCAUCGCCCGCUAAAUUCGCUGAACACAAAUCGUUGGAGAAGCUCAGGAAUAUUGGUAUAUCAGCACACAUCGAUUCCGGGAAAACUACUUUAACCGAACGUAUCUUAUAUUAUACCGGUAGAAUAUCCGAAAUGCACGAGGUAAAAGGAAAAGAUAAUAUAGGUGCAACUAUGGACAGCAUGGAAUUAGAAAGGCAAAGAGGCAUCACUAUUCAAUCUGCUGCCACAUAUACUUUAUGGAAAGAUCAUAAUAUUAAUAUCAUUGAUACACCAGGACAUGUGGAUUUCACAGUGGAAGUUGAAAGAGCUCUACGCGUCUUGGAUGGUGCUAUCCUUGUUCUCUGUGCCGUAGGUGGUGUUCAGUCACAGACUCUAACUGUGAAUCGACAGAUGAAGAGAUAUAAUGUACCUUGUUUAGCAUUUAUCAAUAAGCUGGAUAGAAUGGGUGCAAAUCCAAAAAGAGUUCUGCAACAGAUGCGGAGUAAACUGCAUCACAAUGCUGCAUUCAUACAGUUGCCGAUUGGUUUAGAAAGUAAUACAAAGGGUAUAGUUGAUAUAAUUGCGCAAAAAGCAAUUUACUUUGAAGGAAAUUUCGGAGAAAUUGUGAGGGAAGACGAAAUCCCAAAGGAUAUGAAUGCAGAGGUAAACGAAAAGAGACAAGAAUUAAUUGAGCACUUAAGCAAUGCAGACGAUAUAUUUGGUGAAUUGUAUUUGAAUGAUAUAAAAAUAACUGAAAUAGACAUUAUGAAUGCUAUACGAAGAAGUUGUAUAAAAAAGACGUUUACACCUGUGUUAGUUGGUACUGCCUUAAAAAAUAAGGGAGUUCAACCAUUAUUAAAUGCAGUGAUAAACUUUUUACCAAAUCCAGGAGAAGUAAAGAAUUAUGCUCUUCAAGAAAACUCUGAUGGCGAAUGUACCAAAAUUUUAUUGGAUUCUGCUCGUGAUGAUAAAAACCCUUUCGUUGGAUUAGCAUUCAAGUUGGAAGCUGGCAGAUUCGGUCAAUUAACAUAUUUUCGUUGUUAUCAAGGAAUGUUAAAAAAAUCGGAAUAUUUAUAUAACACAAGAACACGAAAGAAGGUACGAGCGCAAAAAUUGGUUAGACUUCAUGCAAAUCAAAUGGAAGAUGUCACAGAAGUUUAUGCAGGAGAUAUAUUUGCUAUAUUUGGAAUAGACUGUGCUUCUGGUGAUACUUUUGUUAGAGAUUCUAAACUAGAUUUUUCAAUGGAAUCGAUUUAUAUUCCUGAUUCCGUGAUAUCUAUGUCUGUACAAACGAAACAUUCGAAAGAUCGAGAUAAUUUCGCUAAAGGUAUUGGCCGAUUUACUAAGGAAGACCCAACCUUACGUUUCCACUAUGACACAGAUAACAAGGAAAGCAUAAUUUCUGGUAUGGGCGAAUUGCAUCUGGAAAUUUAUGCGCAAAGACUAGAACGUGAAUAUAAUUGUUCGGUUAUUCUUGGAAAGCCAAAAGUUUCUUUCCGCGAGACUUUAGCUGCACCAUGUGAAUUUGACUAUCUUCAUAAGAAACAAACUGGUGGUGCUGGCCAAUAUGCUCGCAUAACUGGAAUUAUAGAGCCUUUACCACCUACGAAAAAUACAACUAUCGAAUUUGUGGAUGAAACUGUAGGAACCAACGUCCCGAAACAAUUCGUUCCAGGUGUAGAGAGAGGUUUCAGAAUAAUGUGUGAAAAGGGUUUUCUCAGUGGUCACAAACUCGCUGGUAUUAGAUUUAGAUUAAUCGACGGCAUGCAUCACUGCGUUGAUUCUUCGGAAUUAGCCUUCUGCCUAGCCGCGCAAGGUGCUGUUAAAGAUGUUUUUGAAGCUGGUAUCUGGCAAAUUUUGGAGCCAAUCAUGUCGGUCGAAGUAGUUGGUCCACAGGAAUUUCAGGGUUUGAUAUUAGGACAACUUACUAAGAGAAAAGGACUCGUAAGCUUUACAGAAGUGGUAGAUGAAUGGUUUACAAUCAUUGCAGAAGUGCCACUUAACGAGAUGUUCGGUUACUCCGCUGAGUUGAGAUCGAGCACACAAGGUAAAGGAGAGUUUACCAUGGAAUAUGCAAGAUAUAGUCCUUGCUUACCGGAAAUACAGGAACAAAUUAUCAGACAAUAUCAAGAAUCAAUGGGAAUAGUAAUUGAAAAAUCUCAGAAAUCGAAAAAUUAAUUAUAGAAUAAACGAAUAUUUCUUGCUUUUAGUGAAAU